AUGGCCAUACCAACACUCUCCUGGACCGGCCAGCCCCGAAUCAAAGGCUCCACCGAAUCCCUCCGCAUGUUCCUCCUCACUGCCAGCGUAAUCGGGCUCCAAUUCGCUUGGGGCACUGAACUAACCUACUGCACCCCCUACCUCCUCUCCCUCGGCAUGUCGAAAUCCCGCAUGUCUCUCGUCUGGACCGCCGGGCCCCUCUCCGGGCUCAUCGUGCAACCUCUUGUAGGCAUGAUGUCGGAUAAGAGCACGAGCAAAUACGGGCGCAGGAGGCCUUUUAUGCUGGCUGGCACGGUGGCGGUGGGGGCGUGUUAUUUGGUGUUGGGGUGGGCGAAGGAGAUUGCGGGGUGGGUUGUUGAGGGGGUUGAGGGGAGGAGGAAGUUGGCGAUUGUGAUUGCGGUGGGGGAUAUUUAUGUGCUCGACUUCGUCAUUAAUGUAGCACAGUCAACGUGCAAAGCGCUGAUCGUCGAUACACUGCCGAUUGAGAAACAGCAACUCGGAGCCGCCUGGGUUAGCAGAAUGGGCGGCAUAGGCCAUCUCAUGGUCUACGCCAUCGGAGCUCUGGACCUGAAUUCUAUGUUCGGCAGCUUCCUAGGCGACACCCAGUUCAAGAAGGUCUGUGUGAUCGCGGCGAUAGCUAUGAGCAUCGCCCAAUGCACGACCGCCUGGGCAGUCCAAGAGCGCGUCUUGGUUAGGGACGGCGGCAAAGAAGGCGAGAAGGAGCAGAGUCUCAUGGUACUGCUCUCGCAGACGUUUUCAACGAUAUUGAACGUCCCUGACCGCAUCCAAGCCAUCUGCUGGGUGCAGUUCUGGAGCUGGAUCGGCUGGUUCCCUGUCCUCUUCUACGGCAGUACGUGGGUUGGAGAAAUCUACCUCCGCUACGAAGUCCCCUCCUCCGACCACAAAUCUGACGACGCUCUGAACGAAGUCGGCCGACACGGGAGCAUGUCCUUGAUCGUCUUCUCAAUCGUAGCGACCAUCUGCUCCAUAGUCCUCCCCUGGCUCAUCCACAGCCCAGACGACAACGACAAACCCGCCUACACCGCCCGCCCACCCACCAUCCUCGAACCGGUCCUUAGCAAGGUCCGCUUCCGCAAACCCUCCCUCCUCACCGCCUGGGCAGUCGGCUGCCUCCUCUUCUCCGCCGCCAUGAUCUGGGCCCCCAUCGUCCAAUCAGUCCAGUUCGCCACGGUCUUGGUAGCCCUCCUCGGCGUCUCCAACGCCAUCGCCACCCUCUCCCCAGCCACCUUCCUCGGCGUCGAAGUCAACCGCCUCAGCACCGGCUUACCGUACACCAGCCGCGUGUCCUCCGGCAGCAGCGGGAAGCGCAGCGAUUCGAUCGAACUAGACGGCACCACGGACUCGCCGCCUCGGAUCUUGCACCUGCGGCACGACUCGAACGCUUCAGUGCAAUCGUCUUCGACGGGCGAGUUGUCGGGGAUAUACCUCGGUAUUCUGAAUAUUUACACCACGCUGCCGCAAUUCGUAGGCACGGCGAUUAGCUGGGUCGUGUUUUCGCUGCUGGAGCCGGGGAAGAGUCCGGAGUUGGCGAAGGAGGCAAGGCCGGGGGAGCAUCAUGCGGCGGAGGGGUUGGAGCACUGA